CGCAGUGUGAAUGUCAAUUUUCUUCUUUUAACCAUAAACAAUUGUGUCUGGUGUCUGUCUGCAUCGAUAAGGUUGUUCUUGGCGGCUAUGGAGGACAUGUGCAGGACCUGCACGGGGAAAUCCUAUCCCGAAACCGCAAAGAAUUUAUUCGACACAUCUAGUCCGCUGCUUAACCACAUUUACACAUUGACAAACGUAGUAUUAAAGGAUGAUGUGGAUUUCCCGAGGUUUAUUUGCCAGCAGUGUCAGCAUGAUCUACAGAUUGCUAUCGACUUUCGCAGAGUCUGUCUGGAGGCACAAGAAAUACUGGAAUUAAAGAAAACGAAAGUCGAUGAUUCUGGGCUGGAGGCUUGGAUCGAAGAAGACAAUUCUUUGCCAGCUAUUCCUGACAAGGACACGGUUCAGGUCCAAAAGUCACUAAUAUAUCAUACCGAGGAUGAGUUAGGAGAAGAGAAGAGUGUGGUUCGUUUUUCAAAUGAGAGGCAGACGUCUGCCACUGAGCAGAUAUCGGUUGUAUUACUGGAACAGAUGGACGACAAGGAUAACGCGGUUCUAGAUGAGAGUCUGGACGUCAGCAACUCUGUGGAAAUGUGCAGUAUUCCUGAAAGUAUCAUAGAAACUUCCGACGAUUUUGAAGCCGUGGACAUCUCGUGCAGCAACUGUGGGGUGGGUUUUUCAUCCUUGGAGGAGCUAAGAACACACAAAUACCAGCUACAUGACGUCUCAUUCCACACCAGGUUCACUUGCGGACACUGUGGUGAGGGCUUCCGAUCAGCAAGUGGCCUAUCGAGGCAUUGUAAUGUUGCGAACCUUCCAUUGACCCACAGCUGCGACAACUGCCCCUUGAAAUUCCCCAACGCGAUCUUGUUGGAGACCCAUAAGGAACGAUGUAAUGCACCUCCGGAUGCCAGGCUUAUAUGCCACAUAUGUGGCAAGCAGCUGGCCAAUACAAGCAACCUAAAAAAUCACUUGGUGCGUCACAUGGGAACUCGUUCCCACAAGUGCAGUGAGUGCGACGCUGCCUUCGCCCUACCCAGUGAACUGAACGUCCACAAGAAAUCUCAUAGUUCCGAACGGCCGUAUGCGUGUCGGUAUGACUGUGGCAAGAGCUUCAGAUAUUGCAGCGCCCGCAGCAUCCACGAAAGGAUUCAUAUUGACGAAAGCAAGCGACCCUAUCGAUGCGAAUUUUGUCCAAAGGCGUUUGUGACACCAAGCGAUUGCAGAACUCACCAAAAAUAUCACACUCUAUCGCGCAACUACAGCUGCGACCCAUGCCGUAUGCGCUUCAAAACUAUAAAGCACUACAAUCACCACUUAAAGUCGAAUACUCACAAGACUGUUGUAAUGCGAGCCAAAGCCAAAAACCAAUGAAUCUCCAAAAAACAUUCCAUUUUCAUUUGGAAUCUCACUUCCUCAGACGCAUUUUAUUAUUAAAUAAACAAGUAUUAUAUAAAUACUCAUUAAAAUCGACUUCAAGUAUCAUUAAGUGACUUGAAGGGUAACUCAUGAAA